AUGGAUAGGAGUCAUUUUUUCAACAUAGUUUUCGAUGGAGGGGCACAAGUGUGGAAGGCUGGAACCGAUCAUGAAGAAUGCCACAGCGUUGAGCACUAUGUAAGACUUUUGUUUCCUGAGCUACUUGUCCUGAAUAUUCUCCGUCGUACCGGUUUUGAUCACCUAUACUUUGGAAAGGUUGACGGUGAAUGGACCGAAAUUAGCAAGAGCAAAUUCAAUGUUAUCUUAACCAAAAUGAAAUAUACAGAUACUUUUGACCCUGAGUCUGUGUUGCAGAAAGAAAAGAAGAGGUGCCCGGUAAAUUAUCCUCUGGUUGUUUUAGACAUUUCAGAACCAGACGCAUCAAAAUUUUACAUUAAUGAAAACCAACAUGGUCAAGUCUCCCAUGUACAAUACAUUGGAAAUGUUGGCGAAUAUAUAACAGCUGUCGUAGACGAAGUUGACGAGAUAUGGAUAGGCGGGCCACGUGAAAGAUGCGCAGUUGUGGCAUCGUACACGAGGGGAGAAGAUGCACUGAUUACUCUAUGGAUAGUCAAGACAAGGUUGGAAGUUUUGCGAUUCAAGAAAAUAAAUGGUAAAUGGAAAAGCAUCCCCUGGGAAGAGUUUAAUGUGGAGUUGACAAGAAUGAUGAAAAAUAGGAGGAGCCAAGAACCAGUCGUUAGUUAUUCCGCCUCAGAUGAAAGUCUACAAAACAUUCACAAUGAAAACCUCAGGGGUACAAGCCAGAGAAUUGUUACAUGCAGACGUUAUUCGUUUCAAGAUAGUUUCUCACAAAGGAAUUACUGGCAUUUAAUUGACAAGCAUGAGAGCUAUGGGUCGGAUAGUGGUGAGGAAGAAAGACGUUAUAUCACUUUGAAUUUGGCCAAUGCAAAGUCUGGUCCAUUUAGCAUUUACGAAGACAUAAUAGGUGAUACUUUCUGCAGAUCAUACUCCGUGUCCAAUGUUUACUGUAUAGAUCGAGUAAUUUACGGAGACGAACUGCUUUGGAAUAGACAGGAAAAUACAAACUGUAAAGGGGUACAUUCCUACUCUUACAACGGUGAAACCGUCUUUAAAUUGAACAUCCACAAGGGAAACGUGUUAUGCCCUAGAUACUUUAGAAGGAGAGACUCUAGAUUUACAGAGGUAUCUGAAGAUGAAUACAAUAUUUGUUCCGGAAAUGGCGAUGAAGAGGUAUCGAUUGAGGAGCCCCAAUCGCUGGUAUCGGUGGAUCUUGCAUGCGAGCACCCCUCUUCUUUCACUUUUCUAGAACAAAAUGUAAUCGACGGCUAUCCGUAUAAUAAGUACGCUCCGCCACUAACUUACUUUUUUAAUGUGAUCAGAGAUAAUGGCAAUGAAGUCUGGAGAGCUAGUGGGAAUGAGAAAUGUCUAUGCGCAUAUUCCUGUUCUGUCAACGGAACGACAAGGCUCAUAUUGGAAAUAUUAGGGGAUGAAGAAGCAUUUUUCAAAUUUUUUGAAAAGGGUGGUAGAACAUGGAAUGAGAUCGAGUACGAAGAAUCUUCCACAGAGACCCUGUCAGAACCAAACAGACCUACACUCGACGGUGCUGGAUGUUCCAAGUGGAAUUCUUUCUGA